AGACGGAACCCUUCAUCUUUUAGUCUCGUCCUGCGAUUCGAGUUCUCAAAUUUCCUCAGAUCCACUCGUUUUUCUCUUUGUCAAUUUGAUCACUCGAUCGAUUUCACUUUCCAAUUUGGUUACCCCUGUAUCGAUUAGAAGCCCUAAAUCCGAUCCUCGUCUUAGAAUCGAAGAAAUACAGGAACAAUUCUUAUUGUUUCAGAAGAGAUUUGAAGAAGAUUUGUUGGAAUGGCUUCGAAAACAGCGUCCAAAGACAUCAUCACUCUUCGCGGUUCUGCGGCGAUUGUCAGCGAGUUCUUCGGGUAUGCUGCUAAUAGCAUCUUGUACAAUCGUGGACUUUAUCCUGAAGAAAGUUUUGCAAGGGUGAAGAAAUAUGGACUUCCAAUGUUGCUUACUCAAGAUGAAGGUGUUAAGACCUUCAUUUCUAAUCUUACUGCUCAGCUUUCUGAAUGGCUGGAAGCUGGGAAGCUGCAAAGGGUUGUGCUGGUUAUAAUGAGCAAAGCCAACAAUGAGGUGCUUGAGAGGUGGAAUUUCAGAAUUGAAACUGAUGGAGAGGUGGUCGAGCAAGGUGUGUCGAGGGAAAAGAGUGAUAAAGAAAUAAUGAGGGAGAUCCAAGCAAUUAUGAGACAGAUUGCUUCGAGCAUCACUUACUUGCCCUGCCUAGAUGAACCCUGUGUAUUUGAUAGAUUUCAGGAGGAGGGCAAUUUGGGAAUAUAG